GUCAAAAUUGUGAGGUGUGUGAGUUAUCAUCAGUCGGUCGUAAUCGAUAUGACGACACAAACUUUAUAAAUGAAAGGUGCCGUAGCAGGAGCCCCCAGUUGAACUUUACUCUGUAAAACGUUCGGCUACAGUGCGAGCCAACGUUUUAACAUAAAUAAAAAACAUCGUACACCGUAAUCGUAAUAUUGAAGUGUGGUGAGAGUUCGGAGUGUUACCAAGAAUUACAUAAAAUGCCCUGUCCGUUUUUGGGAUCGCUCAACCAAGCCUUCGUAAGGAAUUACGGAGCAACUCUGAUGAAGCAAUACGGGAACUACUGCCCGAUAAUCUCGAGAGGCUUCCGCUCCCUCGGCAACGACGAGACGAAGUGUCCCUUCAUCAAGGAGAACGCGAUCAUCUCGGAGGCGCCCAAGGAGAUGACCGAGGACAUCGUGGAGACGCUCAUGCCGUACAAGUACGAGAAGUUCUUCAACGAGCAGAUCAGCGCCAAGAAGAAGGACUACUCGUACCGCGUGUUCCGCAAGGUGUCGCGCCUCGCGGCCGACGGCGCGUAUCCGCAGGCGCUGGAGGGCGCCGCCAACCGCCGCGUCACCGUGUGGUGCGCCAACGACUACCUCGGCGCCUCGCGCCACCCCGUCGUGCAGGACGCCGCCGUCAACGCCAUCAAGAGCUACGGCACCGGCGCCGGCGGCACGCGCAACAUCGCCGGCAACUCCCAGAUGACCGAGAAGCUGGAAGCUGAGAUAGCACACCUUCACAAGAAACCUGCCGCGCUGAUCUUCAGCUCUUGUUUUGUUGCCAACGAUGCAACACUGUCGACUCUGGCUCGGAUCCUCCCCGGGUGCAUCGUUUACUCGGACGCCGGGAACCACGCCUCCAUGAUCCAGGGCAUACGCAACAGUCGGGCACCGAAGCAUAUAUUCAGGCACAACGACCCGAACCAUCUCAGACAAUUACUGGAAGAAUCUCCCGAAGGGGUACCGAAACUAGUCGUAUUUGAGACUGUCCAUUCCAUGAGUGGAGCUAUUUGUCCAUUAGAAGAGAUGUGCAAUAUAGCGCACGAGUACGGAGCUUUAACUUUUGUAGACGAAGUUCAUGCCGUGGGAUUGUACGGCAAGCACGGGGCGGGUAUAGGGGAGGAGAGAGGAAUUCAACACAAAAUAGACAUCGUGUCGGGAACCCUCGGGAAGGCGUACGGGAACGUCGGGGGAUACAUCGCCGGGUCCUCGCUGCUGGUGGACACGGUGCGGUCGCUGGCGCCCGGGUUCAUAUUCACGACAGCGCUGCCGCCGCCCGUGCUGGCCGGCUCGUUGGCUGCCAUCAGGCUGCUGGCCAGCGAGGAGGGCAGGAGCUUGAGAGCGAAGCACCAGGCCAUCGUGCGGUACCUGAAGCUGUCUCUGCUGGUGGCAGGGCUGCCGCAGCUGCCGUCCGUGAGCCACAUAGUCCCGGUACCGAUCAAUGGAGCCGACAAGGUGGCGCUGGUCGCAGAAUCGCUGAUGAAGCGCGGCCACUACGUGCAGGCCAUCAACUACCCCACGGUGGCGCGCGGCGAGGAGCGCCUGCGGUUCGCGCCCGGGCCCUACCACACGCCCGAGAUGAUCGACAGCCUCGUCGCCGCCCUGACCGAGGCGUUCCACGAAAACAACAUAAGCUUCAACCAGUUCCUGGAGAACGGAACCUGUAGGGAGUGCAGCAUGGAGUACAAGGUCGACAUCGCGUACGAGGAACCCUACAAGUUCCCGAUGCAGGUGUAACCCGCACCGCCCCCUGCCGACGGCCAUGACAAAUUGAUGUUAGCAUGAAAGAAAAUGUAAAAAAAAUGUUAAGAGAUGUUGUAUAGUUUAUUUGCGUUAUUUUUAUCGUAAUAUUUAUGGUUCGUGGUUCAUGUUAGGGGAAAUUAAAGACGUGGAAACGGA